AUGAUCUGGUGGGGAUGGCUGGCAUUCAACACCUCGUCCAACUAUUCUGUUUCCGAACACCAAUGGACAGAAGGAAGCCGAUCAGCUGUUGGAACCAUUAUGGCUUCAGUCGGCGGCGGAAUGGUCACCAUAUUGAUUUCACGUUACGCAACAAAAAAGAUCGAAGUCGACAUGCUCAUCGAUGGAUUAUUAGCCUCUUUAGUUUCGAGUACCGCUGGCUGCCUCUUCUACACCCCGUGGCAGGCGACCCUGGUCGGGGCCAUCGGGUCGACCUUGGCAUUGAUAGCAUAUCCGGUGUUGGAGAGAGCAAAGAUCGAUGACCCAGUCGGUGUGAUUCCUGUGCACGUGGUCGGCUCCGUCUGGGGAAUGAUCAGCCCAGCAAUUUUCGUCUGUCGCGAUUUCGGUCUAGCUGAACACAAGGUCACCAAUGAGAACGAUCUCUCAGGACUUCUGUAUGGUGGCGGCGCAACAUUACUGUUCUAUCAACUCGCAGCUCUUGGUGUGAUCGCCCUCUUCAGCGCAGUCUGUGCUUUCUCAAUACUUUGGACGUUGCAACAUUCGCCGAUCGGUCUUCGUUUAUCGCGGCUCGACGAGGAACUCGGCGCCGAUCUGAGAGAGCACGGCCUUGCCGGUGUCAAUGUAAUGGCGUACACUAUCGAGAAAAAACUGACUGCUAAAACCCUGAGCUCUGUGUUGAUGGUCAUCAUCCGAUGGCGUGCAAAGGCGAAGCUGAGAGCAGCCAGACGACGCGUCGCCGACGCUUCUCAGCAAUCCGAAACACCGAAGGGUGUCGAGAUGACUCGGAUUCAGAAACGAAUCGUGCCCAGUGCUAAUCACACUCGGUCACCGGCUAGUUCAAGGACAGGUUGA